CCACAAUCCCUCUCUGACUCUUACAGCACGUGAGAGGAGAAGCUGUGAGCUUUUCCUGUUUUGAUGUUGCAGCGACGGAUCUCUAUUUUUGCCCUUUCUCCACACCCCCACUGUCGUUUUUAACAUUCUCUGUGGUGCUCCAUCUCUCCGGACCGACUACUUCUUAAUACCUGUACUGCAGCUCAGAUGGGAGACGUAAGUGCUGUGGCUGUCUGGCACGUGAACACGCUGAGCGGGUCUCUCUGGCGGGCCAUCCCAGGCGCGGGAUGCUGAACGGGAGCCGCGAGGGUUUGUUUGAAUUAGGCAGGCAGCUCCAGCAGGAAGGAGACUCCCAAGCUGCUCUGCACUGCUUUCUGAGCUCUCUGCUGGGCCUCACACAUGUGGAGAGCUUCCACUCACUACCCAACUGCCUGCAUCAGAUUGCUGAACUCUACAUUGAUGAGAAGAAUUAUGGGAAAGCGCUGCAGUUCAUUCAGGCGGAGAAGAUGUUCUACGAAGUGGCAUUGAUUGAGCUCACCUCGCUGCAGGGCAGCACAGGGUCUCAUGAAGACGGAGCUCUGGGCACAUCAGGAUGUUUGUCUCAAGAUGAGUUAUCAGAACAGACUUCACAGGCCCAGGACCUUGAGAGACUGGCUCAGCUCUGCAUUAUGAGCAAGAGACCCCACCUUGCAUUAGAAUACAGUGGUAAGGCCACUAAAAUCCACCAGCGGGCUUUUGGGAAUGAUCAUCCCAUCACAGUCCAGAGUCUGGAGCUGCUAGCCACCGUCUAUGCAGAGAUUGGCAAAACAGAAUAUACAAAUUCGUUGGGUGAGUGUGUGUCGACUCUUUCAAAGAGAUUCUCUGCCACUGAAUCGUUCAGCGAUGCUCUGAGUGGCAUCUCUCAUAGCCAUAAGGACAGACACUCUGAGCUGCAACACAGAAAAGAAGCGUACAUACAACACGACACUGCUAAAACCAAGAUCAUACCUGAAAAGCCGCCCACCUCUAUCCUGAAAAGGUCCAGCGUGAGCAAUGUAGAGUCAGAAUCCCUGCGUAGACGAAAAUCUGAGAGGCGAGUUCGCUUCAGGGAGCCGGAGAUCACUGUUCAUGACAUUCCGUACUAUGACUGUUUAGGAGUGUAUGACACCCCCCAGAACCACCUGCACCUGGCCCUGCUCACCGGCCUUUUCCUUAUGCUCUCUGCACUGGGUCUUGCGCUGUACUGCACAGAUCGGCGGAGACCACAGCGUGCCUGCGAGGAGCUGCAGACAGCACUGGCUGUGUACCUGCUGCAAUUCAAGCAGAUAGUCUGGGGCUGCUGGAUCUGGUUGACCAUGCAAUGACCAUAACUGACCACAGGGGCAGCAGCCACUCUAAACGCAGGCUUAGUAUCGAAAUUGUCACUUUGUGACAGCAAAAACAUAAUAGGUGAGGACAACUGCUUGUUUUUGUAUUGCUCCUGAUUAUCAUUUUCAAUGUUAUUAUAAGACUGGCCAUCAGUCCAUUUCCGUAAGGAUGUUUAACAUCCAACUCUUUUGUUGCUUUUCAGCACCAUUAAACUGGUGCGCAUUUUUACCCUUUAUGGUGGUGGCUAUCCUGAUUUUGCCAAGUGGUUGAUGUCCUUAGGGCAACAUCAUGUUGACCCUGGGACAACAUUUAAAUCAACCAAUCAGAUUUGAGAAAUAAAUGUACAGUUUAUUUUAAAUUUAAUCUUACAACCAGGAUUAGGUGCUUCUAGACCAUUGUCUUUCACUUAUCGUUUCCCUCUGAUUUUAGGGGUAAGUUAUGGUUAGGGUUGGGGUUUGGUGUGGGUUUAGGUUUUAUUUAUAAAAAUAUUGUCCUUAGGUCAAAAAAAUGUGUUGCCCUGAGGACAUCAACCACUUGGCAAAAUCAGGUCGAGUUUAUGGUGGCAUAGCUAAUGUCACAUCCUCAUUAUACCAAAUCGUAUGUAUAUUUCCAGAUCUCUGUCUUUGUAGCAGUUCUGGGCAUUCAGAAUGCAUUUCUUAGUCGUCGUCCAUAGAAUGUGCAGGAAUAUUAAUGGAAACCUUCAUCACUCCCAGAAUUAUAUAAUAGGCUUUACUGUGGAUACAUAACAUAACAUACUUCUGAUUUAGGUUCAUCUGAAUUAGAGCCCGACUGAUAUAUUGGUGGAUCAGUUUUGGAAGAAAAAAUUCCCUUUAAUAAUUAAAUGUGAAAAGAAAUGUAUAAUAAAAAAUACUGUAGUACAGAGAUGUCAGACCCUGCUACUUUAGGGCCCCUGUCCUGCAGUGUUUCAAUCCAAACCUUGCUUGACACCCCCGCUGUAGACAGCAUAUGCAUGUAUUAUACAUGUAACAGUGCUUUCAUGCAUAUUUCCAUGUGUAAAGUCAUUAAUAGUUCAGUAUUAAGGCCAAAAAAGCCAUUUGGACACAUAGACAUCGCAUGUGCUGAUAGAAUGUAUAGGUGCAUGGUUGCAACACCUACAGUGGCAAAUGCUGUUCUUCUCAUUUUUGCACAAUUCCUAAAAUGAAUGCUAGAAAAAAAGGGGCCUAUUAACCUUACUGCAAAGAAUUUUUUAUAUUAAAAAGUGGUUGAUUUCAAAGGCACACUUUCCAUGUACCACAGUGACUUUGUUUGUUAUUUAUAUAAAUAGCUAAGCCGGAAGGGCUGUUUUUAGUUCUUUACUGAUACACUAAUGAAACAUGCGUAAUGAACCUUUUACAAUUCAAUUACAGGAUUAAAAAGUUAUUUCAAAACUAGAUUUAAUAAUAUAUUGUGAGAGAAACUCACGGAGGAGUUCAGAAUCACAUCCGCAUUAGUCUUCUCUAUGUACACAAAAAAUCAGCACUUUACUGAACCCCAAAAUCAGCCGGGCUUUAUAUAUGCAUUCUGCAUUCUCUAUGUAGGAACUAAUGUAUUUGUAAGAUUUUUUUAUACAUACAUUAUAUAUAAUAUUCAUUCACUCCCGCUUUGCUUUUAAUGCAUUUUUCUGUACAUACAUAAUGAUGUUGAAUGUCUCUGUGGAAUGCAAGACAAUGCUAUUUAUUUUACUAGUAAUCCGUUUUUGAAUACAAAUAUGCAUUUUAUGCACUUAUAAAAUAUGUACGUAUGUACAGAAUGACACCAAACAUUGUUAAUGAGUAUAUUCAUAUGUAAAAAAGAGAAGAAGUGGCACAAUGACUACACCUUUAACAUGUAUCUACACAAGUUUAAAUGAAGGGCAAAGCUAUAACUUUAAGCACAAAUGUUUUCAUCUUUUCAAUCAUCUCUCAACAGAGAUAAAAACUGUUUCAAGGAUGAGUUGGCCAUAUUUUGUGUCAUGCACUGCCAGAUUAACUGGCAAAAGAAAGAAUGCCAUUUAAAAAAGUUGACUGCUUUUUGUGCUCGCAAUAUAAGUUUCUAUUUUACAUGAACCCGUACAAGCAUAUAAGUACAUAAUGGUACGCUCUUUUGUUGAACUAUGUUUUAUAAGAAUUUUCUUUAUCUUUUUUACUCUUUCAUUUUUUAUUCUUGAUAUCAGCACUUAUUGCUAUUUUUGUAGUCUUCAGGCGAGCAUUUUCUAUGAAACAACAUCUGGUCUUUGAUUUUUGUAUUAUUGUGUUCAUACGUUUAUAAUUUCUAUAGAUGCACACAUUUAAGUUGACAUGUGCUUAAUCUUGUACAUUAAUCACAUUAAAGUUUUAAGUGAUUUGCAAAAAUACUAAACUUUAUGGCUGUCUCAUAAUCUCCAGCUCUGUAAUAUUUUGUUACAUAAGAAUUAGAAAACAUAUGAAAUCCCAUUUAAAAGGGUUAAAGAGGAACUGUAAAUACUGUUAAGGUUACAUUUUGAGACUGUUUGUUUCUGUCAUGUAUAGUAACAGUCGUCUUGGACUUUAUACUCUCACCAAAGACUAUAUUUAAAUAAAAAGAUCAGCUGUGCAUGUGAUCUAAUCAUGGCAUAAACCAUCAUUUUUAAUAAAAAAAUACAUUAUUUUAAAGUAUUGUUCAAAUACACUAUAAAGUGCACCCUUAAGAUUUUAUUUUCAACAACUGUUAAACUGAACUUCACAUCUGAUGUGUUUCUAAAUUGUGGAUUUGUGCACACUUUGAGUAACAAACCUGCUGUGGCCUGCAUUAAAACACUUUGAGCUACUUGGUAGCUAAAAUCAAUUGAAUAUGUCAGACACAUAACAAAUAUCUUGUUAUAUGGCCAGAAUGUGUGACAGUUUAUUGUACAUCUCAUCAUUCACAGUCUUUGUCUGUAUAGCACACUGAAAUUAGUGAAACAAUUCACUAUUGCAAUAUGUUGCAAUUCUGAUGGUCGGGAAUAGCUGAUCCUUAAAGCAAUAAAAUUACACUGGGUGGAGAUAUCGCCACACUUUUUGUUCUAUUUGUUAACAUUUAAUAGAGGUUCUUUUAGAAAUUUUAUUAUAACUAUUUUCUUGAUUUAAAAGAAAUGUCUAUCAAUACAAUCCACAGGCACACCAAGUAACACGUUUAUGUUACAUAAAUGAUGACUAACUUAAACACUUUUUUUGCAUUUCAUUUUAUGAUCAAUAAAUAUAAUUUUAUUCCUU